GCCGGAGCCGCCAUGGAGCAGCAGCGCUGGCUGCCCCUCGAGGCCAACCCCGACGUCACGAACCAGUUUCUGAAACAGUUAGGUAUGCAUCCUGACUGGCAGUUUGUAGAUGUUUAUGGUAUGGAACCAGAACUGCUUAGCAUGGUGCCGAGACCUGUCUGUGCUGUGCUGCUUCUCUUUCCGGUAACAGAAAAGUAUGAAAGCUUCAGGACGGAAGAAGAGGAGAGAAUCAAAGCGACGGGGCAGGACGUCAAACCCUCGGUGUACUUCAUGAAGCAGACCAUCAACAACGCCUGCGGAACCAUCGGGCUCAUCCACGCCAUUGCAAACAACAGGGAGAAAAUCAACUUUGAAACCAAUUCAUCAUUGAAAAAGUUCCUGGAAGAUUCGUUAUCGAUGACCCCUGAAGAGAGGGCCAAAUAUCUAGAAACAUAUGAAGCUAUUCGUGUCACUCAUGAAUCCAGUGCCCAUGAAGGUCAAACUGAGGCACCAAGUAUAGAUGAAAAAGUAGAUCUUCACUUUGUUGCGUUAGUUAAUGUAGGUGGUCAUCUCUAUGAAUUGGAUGGGCGCAAGCCAUUUCCAGUAAACCACGGGGAAACCACGGACGACUCUUUCUUAGAGGAUGCAAUAGGGGUUUGCAAGAAGUUCAUGGAACGUGACCCAGAGGAAUUACGAUUUAAUGCAAUUGCACUGUCUGCAGCUUAAGCCUUUUUCGAUUGGGCUCAUCUAUCAUGACAUAUUGUAACGAUAAAACUCUUGCCAUGUGUUAAUAAUAGAGAUUUUGAUACUUCCCUAACAUGUUGGUUAGCUGUAGCACAUGUGGAAUAAACUUUGGAUUUGUCCUUGCUCUAUGUUGCUGCUUGUUCCUCAAGCAAACAGGGUUCUUGCCUGUACACACAYACACACACGCACUGUGUGAAGACAUUUGUGUUUUAGAGUGAUUUUUUAUUUUCUCUCAGUCCCCCUUAGAAGGUUUGUGAGUUGCUAUCUGUCAUGUUCCA